AUGAAGUGCGCUCUCUGGAGCCUCCUGCUCUGCGCUGCGCUGCUGCGCGCUCACGUCCAGGCCACGUACCCGCUGAGCGCAGGAGACCCGCAGCUCGUAGCCGCUCAGAGUUACGCUCAGAGCAGAAAUAAUGGUCGACCACCGUUCAGGACCCUCAAUCCUGCAAAGACAGACUCUCAGUGCAGGAGCCGGCCCCUGGACCUGGUCUUCAUCAUUGACAGCUCUCGCAGCGUCCGUCCUGGUGAGUUUGAGAAGGUCAAAAUAUUCCUGGCCGACAUGGUCGACACGCUUGACGUGGGCUCGGAGGCCACCAGGGUGGCCGUGGUCAACUACGCCAGCACCGUCAAGAUCGAGUUCCUGCUGAAAGAUCAUUUCAACAAACCGGACAUGAAGAAAGCCAUCUCACGCAUCGAGCCCCUGGCGGCUGGUACUAUGACCGGCCUCGCCAUCAAGACCGCGGUGAACGAAGCCUUCACGGAGCCGUCUGGAGCCCGGCCUCGCUCCAGGAACAUCUCCAAGGUGGCCAUCAUUGUGACGGAUGGGAGGCCUCAGGACCAGGUGGAGGAGGUGUCUGCUGCAGCCCGGGCCUCGGGCAUCGAGAUCUACGCCGUCGGGGUGGACCGUGCAGACAUGCAGUCUCUGCAGCUGAUGGCCAGCAUCCCUCUGGACGACCACGUCUUCUACGUGGAGACCUACGGCGUCAUCGAGAAGCUCACCUCCAAAUUCAGGGAGACCCUGUGCGGUGUGGACCCCUGUGCCAUGGGACAUGACUGCGAGCACAUUUGCGUCAACAGCAACGCCUCCUAUUACUGCAAGUGCCGGAAUGGUUAUGUCUUGAAUGACGACAAGAAAACAUGUUCCCUGAAACAAGUGAAGGUGGAGGUGGUGGAGGAUCCCUGCAAGUGUGAAGCGAGGCUGGUUUUCCAGAAGCAGACGCAGGCGGCCAUCCAGCAGCUCACGGCCAAGCUAGCCGACGUGUCAGGGAGGAUAGAGCGUCUGGAGAACACGGUGGGCCGUGCUUGAGUCCUUCCACGGUGCCGCUUCCAGUCGGAGCCACGGACCGCUGAGCCGCGGACGUCUACUGUACGGGUUUCAACCAGAGACUGAGAGAAGCUGUGAUUUACGAACCGAUGCCCCUCAACCCUACUCUUAUGAUGAAGUCAUUUGUACCGACACUAAAGACAGCACGAUGGGAUCUUCUUGUAAAUCUGCUGUAAAUGUUACUUCUACUAAACACACAUGCUAUUCGAAUAUAGUGUCAUGUGUAAUAUAUUGUAUAUUUUUGUAGUAAAAUGCCUUCAUAGGUUUAAUAAGCUAGUCAGUAGAAUUUGAAUGACAAAAAAAAGUUUCCAUCCACUCGUUAUUUUUGCAUUAAGUAUAGUUUCUAUGUAGUUAUAUCACUUUUACAACUUUUAGAUUCUCUAAUUUUGUAUUAAAGAUGAUAA